CUAUGUAUCGGCCAGUCUGCUAUCCAGUGUCAUCUUCAACUAGCCAUAUCCCAUAUGGCAGAGUCACCUCACUCCUCGUCGUCCAACUCACCACCAAAUCUGUCCGCCGGUGCAACCCCAACCACCAUGUCGUGGCGUUUGGGUCUAUUCCUCUCCGCCGUAGGAACCGUCGUGAUAAGCCUACUUCUGGUCCAGUUCGACACCUUCGAUGCAGCUCCUUAUUCCUCCGAUGAGUUGGCUAAGCAGCCCAUACCGGGUGCACCGCGGACGAACCCACGGAUACUUCAUGGUUCCGAGAAGAUCGGCGAGGGUAAGUUGUUGGGACCCGAAGACAUCGUGUAUGACCCGAAGUUAGGGCUUAUUUACACGAGUUGUGUUGAUGGAUGGAUAAAACGAGUCACGGUGAAUGACUCGGUGGUGGAGGAGUGGGUUAACACGGGCGGGCGGCCUCUUGGACUCGCCCUUGGUUACGCCGGCGAAGUAUACGUGGCUGAUGCCUAUAAGGGAAUACUUAAAAUAACAGAACACGGGGAAAUAGAAGUGUUGACAGAGGAGGCCGAGGGUGUAAAAUUUGGAACGGCAGAUGCUCUAGCAGUUGCGGAAAAUGGUAUGGUGUAUUUCACAGACGCCACAUGGAAAUAUAACUUGCAUGAUUUUGUAUACGAUUUGCUCGAAGGUCGACCUUACGGUAGAUUCAUGAGUUAUGAUCCAUCUACGAAGCAAACUAAAGUGAUUGCUCGUGAUCUCUACUAUGCUAAUGGUGUUGAAAUGUCCCCAAAUCAAGACUCCGUUAUCUUCUGCGAAACCCCGAUGAUGAGAUGCAUGAGAUACUACAUAGAAGGUGAAAAAGCGGGUACGAUAGACGUAUUUAUUGAUAGGUUGCCUGGUAUGCCCGACAACAUUCGUUAUGAUGGUGAAGGUCGCUACUGGAUCGGAAUUCCUACGGAUCACUCGUACGACUGGGAUCUUGCACGUAGAUAUCCGUUCAUUCGCAAAGUUCUUGCCUUUUUGGCAAAGUACUUAAAGAGACCCUCUCUAGAGAGAAACUCGGGGGCAUUGGCAGUGGAUUUGGAGGGGAGGCCGGUUGAGCGAUAUUAUGAUCGUGGACUAGCAUUUGUUACAACCGGGGUAAAAAUCGGGGAUUAUUUGUAUCUCGGAAGUCUUGUAAAGCCCUUCAUUAUCCGCCUCAAUAUUACUCAAUAUCCCGCCACUACAACAUGAUCAAUGCUCGAUUGUUGUUGUUUUUGCGUUAUCUGGUUUGUUUUCGAAUAAGGUUUUAGUUUAUGUUACUAGUCUUGAGACCAUGGUUGUUUCAAUCCUUUUGGAGGCCCUGUUACACCUAAAGCUUUUGAUUAC